AAAGGCCAGGUCAGUAGUACUUAAAUAAAUGUAGUCAUUAUACUGCAGCUCAUCUAUGAACACAUACUGUGCUGUAACCGCAAAUAAUGGAGUUAGAUAUACAUUAUGUCAAUUUUGAAAACAGUGAUACUGAGUGCAGAACUCUACCUAAAAUACCAAGUCAAAGCCAGGAUGCAGGAAAAGCUCAAAAAUGCAGAAGAAGUGGAUGUCUGGUGUUGAUAGCGAUAGCGAUGUGUUUCGUUUUGCUCAUUUGUGGUGUUCUGCUGGUUUUUGUCAUACUGCAACACAUCUCCAUCACAGCAGACAAAGGCCAGUCCAAGACUUACAAGGACACAAUCCAAGUGUUCAAUGAGACCAUCAACAGAUUACAGAACAGUUACUCCGAUCUAAUGACUAAGAAAGACCAACUGCAGGAAAAAUUCAAUGUCAUGAGUGAUGAACUAAACAAAGCUUAUCACAAAGCAGAAAACAACCUAUCCAAGAACUACAAGGACACAAUCCAAGUCUUCAAUGAGACCAUGAACAGAUUACAGGACAGUUGCUCUAAUCUAAGGACUAACAAAGACCAACUGCAGGACAAAUUCAACAUCAUGAGUGAUGAACUAAAGAAAGCUUAUCAAAAAGGUUAG